AUGUCCCUCAGGGUCCUGGUCCACGUGGCCUCAGAGCGGUCCAGUCCUUACAGAGUCCCGUUUCUUCAGAGCCUGGUAGGGCUGAUGGCCGGUGGAACAGACGACGAGGUCAAAGUGAACUUCAGACUGGAGCAAAACCAGUUCAUCCUGUCUAAAGACCAGAGACCAGAGACCAGGGACCAGUACCAGAGACCAGAGGGGGUCCCACUGAGGAGGGCGCCCUUCUGUCCCAUGAAGCGCCUGUCCGUCACAGAGGCUGCUUCAAUCCCAUUGGACAUGACGCAAGGGGGCGUAGAUGUGGGCGUGGCUAUCCUGUUGCAGUCAUCCAAUCAGAGGCUUCUCCUCACGCGGCGAGCCAAAACCCUGAGGAUCUUCCCCAACGUGUGGGUCCCUCCAGGCGGCCAUAUUGAACCAGAUGAAACGGUGCUGGAGGCUGGACUUCGGGAACUGGAAGAGGAAACUGGACUCAGUCUGGUCCCAGAGCAGGUCCAGACUCAGACUCUGGGACUUUGGGAGUCUGUGUUUCCUGCGGCGCUGAGCAGAGGCCUUCCCCAAAGACAUCACAUUGUUGUCUAUGUCCUCCUGAAGACCAGGAAGGACCAUGAAGAACUGCAGGAGGAGUUGCGUCCGUCUGCAGUGGAGGUCAGCGCCUGUUUGUGGGCAGAUCCUGGUCUGAUCCGAACCGUGCUGAGCCAAGAGGACUGCAACCAGGACUCAGUCUGGGUCUCUGAGGUCUCUGCUGACGGCUCUCUGACUGAAGUCCUGGUCCCGGUCUCGGUCUUCAGAAACUCCGCUCCGGAUCAUGGACCAGACUUGGAGCGGAUCAGCACUGGGACCAAGUUCGCCCUGGGACUGUGGCUGCAGGACCUGAACCCUGGUGGCAGACCCUGGAACUGCAGCCAAGAGUCCACCAAAUGA